AUGGCACGCAAGAACCGACCUUCUGCGUCGCUUCCCACUACGCAGGCGACGCCCCCGAUUCGAUUUGCUCCUGAGGAUGAAAAGCGGGGCAAGAAGAAUAGCAAGGCCAAGGCUUGCAAGGGCAAGUCGAGCUGCGUCCUGACUCGUUGGCUUUUCCGCUUUGGUUUCGUGUACAUGAUCUAUGCGCUUCUGUGGCGAUGCUCCACUGAGCCGUUCUCGUUCACGUACAAGCCGGACCACGAGCUGCUAGUAUGCCGUGAGAUGUCGGCAUUCCAACAGCAUGUGUCCCCAGUUCUACACGAGUAUGCAACCGACGUCCACAAGAAACUCGACCCUUAUGUGGGCAAGUACAUGAACGCGGCCCACGGCGCAUGGACGAGUACGAAGCCGUUGGUGCACAAGUCGGCUAAGCAGGCUCACAGCUUGUACUGGUCGCAUGUUGAGCCGGGUGCGCGUGAACUGUACAAGCAGGUGUACAAGUGGUCCCUGCCGCACCAGCGCAAGGCGCAUGCAUACUACAAAAAGAACCUUCGUCCUCACGUGAAGAAGGCCAGCAAGACGAUGCAGCCGUACAUGCGCACGUACAACAAGGAUGUACACCCGCAUGUCCUUACGACAUGGUCGACGAUGCAGGAUCUGCAUGACAAGUCGUCGAAGUACUAUGUCAACACGGUGCACCCAUCCUUGAAGAGUACUUUGUACAAUGCUUAUGUGUACGUGCGCCACACGUUGUACCCGCUAGUUCACAAGCGUUACGUGAAGCAUGCUCAUCCGCACGUUACUAAGCUGCAAAAGCAGGCGAGUGCUGCUGUGGAUGAGGUGCUGACGAAUGUCAAGGACAAUGCCGUCGUCGACACUCUUUCCCAGAAAGUGCAGGAGACCUACGAGCAAGUCGAGAAAGUUGUGAGUAACUAA